UAGAUCUAGAUCUCGCGCGCUUUCCUGCUUCCUUUUGUUGCCAUGGCUAAUAUGGUCUCCUUAUCAUCACAAUACUUCUGCAACCCUAAAUCUACUCCAUUAUCAGUUCAAUCGAAUUCAAAUCACUCUUCCAUUGACAAUGGUGUAACGGAUUCUUAUUCUGCUUUUGACGAUGAGAUACCUACUGUUGAUUAUUCUCUGCUUCUCUCUGAUGACCCUCUUCAACAAUCCCUGGUCCUGGAACGUCUGGGCCAAGCGUGCUGCAACUUUGGUUUCUUCUAUCUGGUUAAUCAUGGCAUUCCGGACAGAGUGCCGGACAAUCUUUUCAAAGGAAUAUCCGAGUUCUUUGAUCCAAUGAAUUCAGACGAGAGGAAAUUGUACAGGAAAAAGGAUCCAAGGGAGCGAAUCAGAGGGGACAUAAGCUCAUCAAACUCUCAUGGAGACAACAGGGAAUAUCUAAAGGUGAUGACGCAUCCUCAGUGUCAUUUUCCUUCCCAUCCGUUUGGAUUCAGUGAGGUUCUGGGUGAAUACCACAAGGAGAUGAGGAAUAUAGUGGAGGGAUUGGCAAGAGCAAUGUCCAAGGCGUUGGGGUUUGAAGAGAAUUACAUUGAGAAAGCAUUUAACUUGGAGUCGGGAUUUGACGUAUCCGCCUUGAACCUUUAUCCGCCAAAUCACGCAUCUAAGGGUCAUGUUGGCAUCGGUGAUCACACUGAUCCUGGCUUCAUCAUAACCCUCAUGCAAGAUGUGGAUGGAGGUCUCCAAAUACUGUCCCACAAUGGGAAAUGGCUUAAUGCAUAUAUUCCAUAUCAUGCCAUUCUCAUCCAGCUCGGAGACCACCUUGAGAUCUUGACCAAUGGGAAGUACAAGAGUCACGUGCAUAGAGUUAUUGUUGGCAACAAUAAGGUGCAGAGGUUCACGGUGGCGACACUGCAUGGGCCAUCGUUGGACAAAUUUGUAGCACCGGCUCCGGAGUUCGUGGAUGAAGAUCACCCACGGGCAUAUGUUGGGAUGACCUACAAGCAAUCCCUGGAAGCUAAGGGCCACGAUGAGAUUGACGUGCAAUCAUCACUUGAUAAAAUCAGGCUCCUGGACGCUUAAUAUAUGUCCUUGUCUGUUGCUUAAUUAAUCAAUGUUCUAUUGCGCACGUA